GCGUCGUGCCCCAGGAUGGCGUCCAGGACGGCGCCCAGGAUGGCGUCCAGGAUGGCGCCCAGCUGCUGCAGGCUGGCCCUCGCCGGCGCCGCCCUGCUCGUCUUUGCCGUGGGAUUAAUUCGCUCGGAGAUCCCCGAGUACAUUAAAGUAUGCAAGAGGACGGAUCCCAACGUCAAUAAAUGCAUCAAUGCUUCCAUCAACGCACUUAGACCAAAAUUACUUAAAGGAAUACCGGAGUUGGACGUCCCGGGGGUGGACCCAUUGUACCUGAAGGAGGUGCGGUUGUCGCGUGGGCCCUCGGGUGCGCGACUGGACGCCACCAUUACCAACAUCAAGGUCUUCGGCGCCAACACCUUCGUCGUGCAGGAGCUCAAGACUGACCUCGACAAGAACAUCUUCGACUUCGACCUGCUGCUGCCGUACCUGCACUUCAUCGGCAACUACAAGAUCGCCAUGCGGAUCCUGCUGCUCAACAUCCACGGCAACGGCGGGCUGACGGGCAACUUCACCAACUACGCCUGCAAGGUGAGGAUGACGGGCCACAAGAUCAAGCGCGGCGGCGACGAGUACCUGGAGCUGGACCGCAUGAAGCUCAAGCUCAAAGUGGGCGACGCACAGAUCUCCCUGGCCAACCUCUUCGACGGCGACCCAGUGCUAGGACCUAUGGCGAACCGACUCAUCAACGAAAACUCCCGCGUGUUCCUGGACGAGAUCCUGCCCACGUUGGAGUCCUCGCUGGCCGACCUCUUCACGGACAUCGGCAACAAGAUCACACUCAAGUUCACGUACAAGGAGCUCUUCCCGUAAUAGGAGCAGGUCUUUUGCCGGCUGCACAUAUUUUUUUUAGUCCCUUUUCUUGUUUUUUGUUUACAUUGCGCCGGAAGGGACCUUAAAAAACAC